UUUUUCUGCCAUGUUGGUUGGCUGUACUUAUCCGGUAUGAAAAUUCAUUGAAUAAUUCGUGAAUUUUGAUGUAAUGUUACGUAUUUAAUACAAAAUGGAUUGGCAAUUAACGUGUAGGGUGUGUUUAGAGACUGGGGACAUGGUUUCCCUAUUUGAUUGGGACGAAAAUAAUGAACAACUUAGUGACAAAUACACAUAUUGCUGCGGUGUAGAGGUUUAUAAAGACGACACAUUGCCGAAGUUGAUUUGUCUAAAUUGUGUGGACCGCCUCACAUACGCUUAUAAAUUCAAGCAGCAAUGUUUAUCAUCAAACGAAACUUUGAAACAAUGUUUGGAAGAAUUCCUGAAGAGCUCAGAGGCGGUCACCACUUCCAACUCUUCCAAAGUGACCGAGACAGAAACAAUUACUAUAAAGCAAGAAAAUGGGUUACUUCUCCAGUAUGAGCUGCCAGUGGAGCAUGAACCUACAGUGCAAUGGACGAGGUCUUUUAAUAAAACUCCAAAUGUUGUGACAAAAACACCAGGGCCUCGUAAGAGAGGCCGUCCAAGGAAAUAUCCUAAUGAACACGGUCAGAUUGAAAUAUCACCAUACAAGCACAAGAAGCCAAAAGCCCAAAACAAGGAACCAGAAGCAUUGACCACGUUGCUGGCAUCGGGUUCCCUAGAUUUGAAGGCUGAACCGCUGGACGAUGAGCCCUUUGAAAAUGAUGGAUUCGAAGACGAUCCUGAUUUCAAAGCAGAGGAAAUAGAGAAUGAUGAUUCUGAAACAGAAGAAGCAAAUAAGGAGCAGCCAAGGAAGCGUGGUCGUCCCCGCAAGAAUCCUGCCUCCCAAAAGAAGAAGAAGGGAGACGGAGAAGGGGAUGACGAUAUGCUCCUCAAGGAAACUAUCUUGGCGUUCUCAGAGCCCAUCCCGGACCACAUCCUCAAUCCCAAGCCCAAGAAGAAGCAGAAGCACACAAAGAAAUAUGUUUAUGAGAAAUCACACACGUGCGAAACUUGUGGUUCCUCUUUCACAUCGAAUGCGUCCCUGCAAGCUCAUAUACGAAGGCAUUUGGGUAUUAAGCCUUUUGUGUGCAGCGUGUGCGGAUUUUCGACGGUCGACCGGCUGUGCCUGAAACGGCACAUGUUGCGUAAACACACGGGCAUAAAGAAGUUGCAGUGUAGUUACUGCGACCGCCGGUUUUUCGAGCACGGUGAUAGAAAAAAACAUGAGAGGUUACACAUGGGCCUGCGACCGUAUCAAUGCUCCAUCUGCGGCAAAGCGUUCAACUAUUCGUAUGUGUUGGCUAACCAUAUGCUUACACAUACCGGAGAGAAGAAAUACUCCUGCGCUCCCUGCAACAAGAAAUUCACCAAAGCCCACCACUUGAAGUACCACAACAAGGUGCACCACAAGGAGUUGUACCAGCAGCAGCAGAUGGAGGCCGAGGCGAAGAAGAUGAGGCAGCAGAUCAACGUGACCAGCCUCUCCGGAGUGCUGUCCGGGCAGAUUGUUGAUGGCACCUUGCAGCUCAUACAGGCUCCUUCUGAGGACGGCGAACAAGAAACCCAAAUGUUGGUGGUGGAGGAAGAUGCUGAGCAUGCGGAGAAGGAGACUGACAGGGCAGUGGCCGGCAUGCAGGGGGUGGUGUUAGACUCUGAGUUUUCGAUCGAAGAAGAUGACAAAUCGCAGUAAAGUGAAUAUUGGACUGAAAUAAAU